AUGUCGACCGCGAAAACACUCAGAGUGGCUGUUGGACAGCUUUGUUCAUCCUCCGAUUUGGCCCGUAAUGCCAGAGUCGUCAAUAAGCUCAUUCAACAAGCUGUUCAAAAACAGGUUUCAGUGCUUUUUCUUCCAGAAGCCACUGACUACCUCUCGAGAAAUGCCCAACAUUCAUACGAGUUGGCUACCUCCACGCAUUCGAAGUUUGUCAGUGUCAUUCAGAAACAGCUCCAGCUGCUCAAUUUGUCUGACUUCUACGUAGCUAUAGGAAUCCACGAGCCUACCGAGGGAGGAAAGCGGGUUCAAAAUAACCAGCUCUGGCUCGAUGCGCAGGGCAAGAUUAUUUCUCGGUAUCAGAAAAUACAUUUGUUUGAUGUGAAUAUCAAAAAUGGACCCAUCUUGCAGGAAUCAAAGUCGGUAGAACCAGGCAAUAAGAUUUUGGAGCCAUUAGCCAUUGCCAAUUCUGACUUUCUGGUGGGGUUAGCCAUUUGCUACGAUAUCAGAUUUCCUGAGUUGGCCCUUAGAUUACGUAAACUCGGAGCAAGUAUCAUCACCUAUCCCUCAGCUUUCACCACGAAAACCGGGGAAGCCCAUUGGGAAUUGCUAGGAAGAGCUCGGGCUGUAGAUGCACAAAGCUACGUAGUCAUGGCUGCCCAAUCUGGUGAACAUGAUAUCUACGCAGAUAGACCUCCGGCGGAGGGUGAGGAGGUCAAGAAGAGAAUCAGCUACGGGGAAUCAUUGAUCAUUGAUCCGUGGGGAACUGUCCUCGGCCGGGGUAAGAAGUAUACGGACGAGAUCACAGUGGACGAAGAUGGAGAUUACUACGAGCUAGUGACGGCUGAUUUGGACUAUGAAAAAUUGGAGGGGAUCCGCAAGAACAUGCCAUUGUUAGAACACAGACGCCCCGACGUCUUUGGCUACGAGAUAUAG